AUGCCAAUACUGUGGGAAGCUCUCCGACUGCCGCGCCCACCUGAUUAUCCACGAGCGAACUCACACGGGGAGAAACGCCACAAGUGCUCAGCUUGUGGAAAAAGCUUCACCCAGAAGGAAUCUCUGAUUAUCCACAAGAGCUUCCACACGGGGGAAAGGCGGUACAAAUGCUCAGUGUGCGGCGAAACCUUCAGUGAAAAGACAGGGCGGCCAAUCCACAAGAGAACUCACACCAGGGAGAAGCCAUACAAAUGCUUGGAGUGUGGGAAGAGCUUUGGGAUGUGUUGCAACCUCCUGAGGCACUGCAGGGUCCACAUGGGCAAACUGUGGAGAAAGACAGGGCAUCUGGUGAUCCACAAGUGGACUCACACCGGGGAGAGGCCUCACGAAUGCGCCGUCUGCGGCAAGAGUUUCAAUCAAAAGUCGGACCUUAUUACUCACACCAGGACCCACACUGGGGAGAAGCCGUACAAGUGCCCCGAGUGUGAGAAAAUGUUUUCCAGUUCCUCUAAUCUGUCUAGGCACCAGAAAAUCCGUGCAAGGGAGAAGCCAUAA